UCCUUCGAAUGUGUGGCGCGGGUAAUGCUCUCACUUUUGCCAUGUUUAUAUGGAUUUUACACAAGUGAUGCAGGACUGACACAAGCAUGACAAAAUGUUUUCCCUCAAACAUAAUUGUUGGUUCAUAAGAAAGGUUGUGAUAUGGAGGGCGGUGGCGAGUAUUGCAUGGUCAGUGAUUCUCCUACCUGUGACAACUGCGCUCUUUGUUUUCUUCGGUAGAUUUAGCCUGUUUCACCCUAUCCUGUCGAUUUCAGAAUGCACAAGCCUUCUUACGGCCUCAAGCACCAUCUUUUCUCUUGUCGUGCUGUGUGGAGUGGUUCUGAUGACUGGCUUUUUCAACCUGGAGUUCUACACAUUGGUUCCUUCCAUUCCGUGUUCACGUGUGGCCCUCAUGUGGACGGUGCUUCACCCACGACAGUGUGUCCACUCUUUGGUGUACUGUACCAUGGGCAUGCUGGUGAUGUGGUGUGCCUCUGUAACAAUUGGUGGACGUUAUAGCACUCUAGGAACUCCCUGCAGGAGUGAGAGUGGUGAAUUUGUGACCUGUCUGAAUGAGUAUCAUCUGUUCCUUCUCCUGGCUGGGGCCUUCAUGGGAUAUAGUCACAGUUUUCUUGGAGUGGUUCAGAAUAUUUACUAUGUGUCCUUUCAACCCAUACAACAACACAAGUACCUCCGCUUUAAGGGCUCCCUACCCAUGGUGGUGAAGUGCAGUGUUAUUCAGUCCUUGUUUUCAGCCAGGAAUUUCGCCGCCCUCUAUUUCUUUUUCGGGUAUGUUCCCAAGGCAUGGAUCUCCAGCACACUUAAUCUACAGACAGACAGUUCUCUUCAACCACUGGAUUCAUUGACUGGACUUUUAGACUUCUCCUUCUUCUACUACCUGUUGAUCAGUGGCACCUUCCUGUACCUAACCUGGUAUAUCACAGUGCUUCUCUUCAGGAUCUAUGUCACAGAGGCCUACAGUUUUCCAGUGCAGUCUAUAUUUACUGAGGAUGCAGAGCAGUGUCUGCCCAAAGUUCUGGCUGAGAAGAACACUUUAGUCAUGAGGUUUUUGGCUCUGCAAGACCUGGCUCUGUUAUCCCAACAUUCUCCAUCACGUAGAUUGGAAGUCUUCAGUCUGAGCCAGCCAGGUGGUCACCCUCAUAACUGGAAUGCGAUCAGUAAGGAAUGUCUGUCUCUGCUGAGUGAGCUGACACACAGACUGGUGGCUCAUCAGGAUGCAGUUGCCUCUAACGGCAGAGUCAAGUCUCAGUCUGCCAGCAGUGUCACCAAAUCUGGCUCUACAGCCAGCUCAUUGAUAUCAGGUAAAGAGUAUCUACCUGAGACACCACGACCAAAUAUGCCACUCAGGACUCCCGGAUCAGUCUUCCUCAAGUCAUCAAUGGGGCACAGUGCACUGACUGCUCCUUUCACCCCAGAUCUGGACAGCCCUUUCUCCUCCCCUGCUCUUCGCCACCUGUCUGGCAAACAGGAACCCCAGUCUCCCUGGUCUGGCACUGUGCAGAGCCCCCAGAUCAUGAGGAGAGGCCCCAAAUUAUGGAGUGCCUCCACAGUAUCACAGGCCAAUGGAAGUCCUCCUGCCUCCCCUGCCACCGUUCCUAGUCCUCCUCCAACCAAUCAGAAACCCAGCUUUUUGGCCCAGUGGAUGCAGAACAGGAGAGAGCAGGUUAAAAGCUUUUUGGCAAAGCGGGUGCUGAUAGUGUAUUUAUUUAACAAGCUUCCAGAAGCCUCUAGCCAAGCUCUGUUUGCUGACAGCCAAGCUCAUAUAUGGGCUCUCCAAGGACUGUCUCAUCUGGUGGUGGCCUCUUUCUCUGAGGACCAGUUUGGAGUGGUGCAGACUACAUUACCAAACAUUCUUAGCAGCUUGGUAUUCUUGCUUGAGGCUGUUGACAGACACUUUAAACUGCCACAUGCCUCCAGCAAACCUGUUAGGACUACCUGCAGUAUGGGUGACUCCACCUACAAAACUCUAAGGUUUGCACUGCGUGCUGCUCUAAAGACAUCUAUAUACAGGAUAACUACCACAUUUGGAGAGCACUUGAACGCUGUGAAUAUAUCAACAGAACAUCGAAAAAGGCUUCAGCAGUUCUUGGAAUUCAAAGAAUAGUGCACCUUGCCAUUCAGAUUCAAAUGUGCGUGCCUCUCAGGAGAAGAAAGAAGGACAUCACUUCACAGGACAAUUAUGCGUCUUCAAAAGAUCUGAUAUAUGGGGGAUUAGCUCUAAACUUUACCCAAGGCCUUAUAAAGUAUAUUGUUUUUCAUUCUGGUCCUGCACCUUGAAAUCCUAGUAACAUUCAAAAAAUCUUUCAUGCACAAUAUAAUUCCAUAAUGUGGGAAUAUUAUUGUGUAAUAAUGGGCACAUAACCGUAAUUACUAUUACGGUUAUGUGCCCAUGUGCAAGGAUGUGAUGAGGAAUUUCAAAACCAUGCUGGGGUGGUAAGGAAAUGGUGUAAGACUUUACACUCUUCAUCAGAGUAAAUUGAACUAUUAUGCCCUCUUAAAGGGAUAGUUCACCCCAAAAUGAAAAUGAUCUCAUCAUUAACUCACCCUCAUACCAUCCUGAUUGUGUAUGACUUUCUCUCUUCUGCAGAACACAAAUGAAGAUUUUUAGAAGCAUUGUAUGGACCUACAGAGCUGAAAUAUUCAAGUGAAUGGUGGCCAGAACUUUAAAGGUUCAAAAAGCACAUGAAGACAGCUUAAAAGUAAUCUAUAAGACUCCAGUGGGUAAAUCCAUUUCUUGAGAAGUAAUUUGAUAGGCGUGGGUGAAAGAAAAAUAAUAAAAAUCACCACUUUCACAUUCUUUUGUGUUUGGCAGUUCGCAUUCUUUGUGCAUAUUUUCACCUACUGGGCAGGGAGGAGAAUUUAUAGUUAAAAAAGGACUUAAAUAUUGAUCUGUUUCUCACCCACACCUAUCUUCUAAAGAAAUGGAUUAAACCAUUGGAGUCUUGUGGGUUACUUUUAUGCUGCCUUUAUGUGCUUUUUGGACCUUCAAAGUUCUGCCACCAUUCACUUGUAUUGUAUGGACCAACAGAGCUGAGAUAUUCUUCUAAAAAUCUUUGUGUUCAUCAGAAGAAUGUCAUUCACAUCUGGGAAGGCAUGAAGGUGAGUAAAUGAUGAGAGAAUUUGAUUUUUUUGGGGUGAACUAACCCUAAGUGGGCCUAAACACUUACCUUGUUUUUGAUCUACUUUUGCAUCUUGCUUUAAUUGUUUCCAGAUUGUCCUGUUUUUGUAGUGUUUUAAUAGCAUAGUAAUUGGAUGUAAAUUAUCAUUGGCUUCUCUAGGUGUUACAUGGAUCAUUGGUUCCACGAUCUUCCAUUCAUUAAUCUGUUUUACACAUAAAUAUCUCUGUGUUAUUUACCAUAAUAGCAUCUUUUGGGAUAUCUUGUUUGAAGUAUUAGAAGGUUAAAGCCUUCAUGAAAAUAAAGUUUUCUAAAAUGCUUUACUGUAAAUGGCUGGAGUCACGUUUUGUUGCAUUGUGAAAUGCCAUGUUCAGCGCCUCAGAUUUACGGUAGAGGCCGCUGUUUGUGUUCUGCCGGAUAUGCUA